UCCAUAAUUUAAAACAUGUACUAACACCAACAAUGGUGUGGAAGAUCCAUUAAUUAUAUACAGAUUGGAUGGAUGAAAAUACAACUAUAAUGUUGUGGAUCAAUUCGACGAUCUCUGAUAGUGUCAUCUCAUAUUUUGCUUCCGCAACUUCAUCAUAUGAACUCUGGAAAGGUAUCUCUGAUUGUUUUGAUCGAAUUAUUCAACUCAUUCUAUUCAGUUUAGAAAAAAAAACUAAUGAAUAUUAAGAAAAGAAACUCUACUAUUGCUUCUUACACCAAUGAAAUCAAGACUAUUACUGAUCAAUUAGCUGCUACUAAAUCUAUUAUUUCUGAUGAUGAGAUUGUAGUAGUUACAUUAGUUGGUUUAAAUGUUGAUUUCAACUCUUUUGAUACAUAUGUGAGAAUGCACAGUCCACUUGUUACAAGUCUUCAAAUACACAACUUGUUGCUUUAGUGAAAAACUAAUUAUCAAUAACAAAAUUGCAAGUUUUUCAAUUGAAACGACUAAUAGAGCUUUUUAUGCUUCUGGUAGUAACAAUGGUAGAGGUAAUUCAAGAGGUUUCUAUAGAGGAGGUCGUGGAUCUAAUUCUGGUAGAGGUUAUGGUAGAGGUGGUGGUAUUCUACCUUCUCCAACAUCAACAGUCUCUUAUACUACUUCUAUAGCAAGACCUGCUUCUUUUACUACAACUGAAAGAAAUAAAUCAAUCUACUCUGGGGAUAGACCUAUCUAUCAAAUUUGUCACAGAUAUGGUCAUUCUAGUGAUGAAUAUUGGAACAUUAUUAACUUUACUUAUCAAGGAAGAAAUCCUCUUAGAAAUCUACAGGCUAUGCUUGAUCCUGCAAAUGUUAGAUCCAAAGAUGACAUUUUCAAGCCAAAGGUGAAUAGUGCUGGAAUUUCUGGAGCUAUAACUGAUGCUGCUGGAUUUACAGCGCUAGGACAGGACCUUGUUGAGGUAAAUGUCUACCUAAUAACACGUCUUACUAAUGAGAAUAUUGCAACAUAUGCAAUAUGGGGAUGAAUGAAAAACUGAUAUUGUUUAGUUAUGAACUCGAUACAAGUUCUAAGUCAUUGCCGCAAGUGAUUCCAGUUUCGGGCCUGGCCAAAGCCUACAACAUGUUUGGCUAGAAGAUUAGCCUUAUUAUACGCUUCUGUGAAAUAAAAGUACAUAACCUGGAAUCAAAAUCUAUAAUAUAAAGCAAAAUGAUUUGUUUGGUGUUAGUGACAUAAAAAUAACAUUAGAAGUCCGAGAGAAUCAAGUUUCAUUCCUCGCCGUAGCCCUAGAAUUGAGCUGCAGCGGAGAGAGCUUCAAUUAGAGAAGCAUCGUACUGCAAUGAGAGAAAGAAGAAGUUCUAUGACUGAAAAUGAAAAGCAUCAGUUCCUUGAAAAAUCCCGUUCGUCAAUGAAAGAAAGAAAAAGUUUAGUGACUGGAAAAGACAAACAGCUGAUCCUUGAACAACUUCGAAGGGCUUAUAAAAUACGAAGAAUAAGAGUGGGUGAGGGAACUAACAAUGAGCACACAGCCGGUCCAAGUAGUGAGCGCAAUGAUGUUCCUGUUAUGAACCUCAGUAGAAGCCCAAGAUUGAUAGAGCAGGGACAGGCUCAACGUCAGCAUGUUCAGGGUUCAGACAUACCUCUUCCCUGUCGAAGUCCUAAGAUUGUCGAGCAAGUAAAUCAGAGUCGAGAGGAUCACGCCACAGAGGCAUUUCGAAAGAGAAAAGGCAAGGAAGUUUCAGAAACAAAGCCGUGCAAAUAGUUACGUUCCAGACAGAAACACUUUGGAAAGCUUAGUUACAAGGUGCAACGUUGCUGAGAAAGUCAUUACCCGCCAAAGCCCCAGACUUCUCGAGCAAGUUCAGCUCCAAGAUGAGCUUACGGCAGAGAAAUCCCGAAAGAGAAAGGGAAAAGCAGUUGCGGUAUACCGGGUAUUACUUUUACUAAGUUCUGAUAUUAAAUCCAACACCCCUCAUUUGAACAGGCACAGAAUGAGAUGAUGUGUUACUUCAACUGAGGGAAAAGCAGUUGCAUUGUCCAGAUGCACGAGCGCAGGGAGGAUCCAUGUGUUACUUCCAAAGAACAGUUCCAGACACGAACCAACAAAUGUCGUGUAUCCAGAAGUCCUGUCAUAAGUUUGUUUUUAAAAAUUUGAUUCUAUUGCUUUUAUCAGCAUGCUAUGUCGAA